AUGCCUAAAGUUCCUUGGAAGAGAGUUACUUUCCAUAACUUAGCAACUCCCAAAAGUGUUUUUAUCUUGUGGCUAGCUUUGUGGAAUAGGCUUGUCACUAAGGAUAGGUUGCUUCAAUGGCACAUCUCUUGUGAUCCAAAGUGUUUCCUAUGUCUAAAUGGCAAUGAAAGUGUUCAGCAUUUAUUUUUUGAUUGUGAUUUCUCUAGGAAGGUUUGGAGCAAGGUAUUGGGUAUCUUACGUGUUUCCAAGCGUGUUCAGCAGCUUAGUGAUGAGGUCGAUUGGAUAAAGAAAAUCUGCAGAAGUUCCAGAUUGAAGAAUAAAGUGAUCCAGGUGGCCUUCACUGAAACGGUUUAUGGUAUUUGGAUCCAAAGGAAUGCAGUUCUCUUUACUGGUUGCUGCAAAUCUGUUGAUGCCCUUGUUCGGGAUAUUGUCUUUCAUUCAGUUUGUAGAACCCGGCGGGAAGCAAAUAUUUGA